GCCAAAUUAAAGGUGCAAUGGUUAAAAGUUGAAUUAAAUAUAAAGGAAGAUAACAAGUGGUGAGUGGAUUGGCGGAUUGGACAUAUCACUGGACAAUAGCUCUGGUCAUAACAUCCAUAAUAUGCAGAUUUACACCACCUGCCGACCAGCAUGCUACUACACACGAUCCUCAAUCAUCUUUAGACGACAUAUGUAAGUCUAGACUAAACUUUGAAGAGUACUUAGAUGACUAUUUAUUGCAAAAACUUUACCCGCCAAAAAUCUCUUUGUUUGAUGCAAACAAAAACAAAGACAAUGGAUCCAACUCAGUGGGAAAAUACCUUCUAAUCUUACGAAUUCUUAUAGCGGGUGACAUCUCAACCAACCCUGGGCCGAUUAAAUUUCCCUGUGUGGCCUGCAGUAGACAAACACGAAAAAAUCAGAAACUUUUGAUAUGCACACAUUGCAAUAUAAGAUGUCACCUUAAAUGCUGCACGGACAACUUUCCACCCGUUGCAGCACAAUGGGUCUGCAAUGCAUGUUUAUCUAUUGACAACCCUGCACCCAGCAUGGAAACAGAUGCUGACAUGAUGCCUGAAACGAUCGGGAUCGACAUCUCAGGAGAUGACAAUUACACUUCCGGCGUAAACAACGUGGAAAACGACCAUGACAUCUGGGAGAACUUAGUAAACGUUAGAAAAGCGAAUCCAGCUAAGCUUAUCUGUGGAUAUUUAAACAUAAACAGUCUCGCAGGAGAGUAUGAUCAGAUCAAGGACAUAUUACAGCGAAAUCUCAUCGACAUGCUUUUUCUGGCAGAGACUAAAAUCGACGCCUCCUACCCCGAUGCACAGUUUGUAAUUGACAAUUAUACUAUGUGGCGAGCUGAUCGGAAUAAGCAUGGUGGAGGAGUACUAGCCUUCCUCAGGUCCGAUCUGGCUGGAGAUCGUAAGCCUACCUUUGAAUUUAAAGACAUAGAAUCCGUGGGAAUAGAGAUAUACAAAUACAGCGGAAAUACAAAGACCCAGAACAACCAGAUCAGAAGUCGCCACUUGCUCCGUCAUGUUAUCGAUCUCGCAAAGCAGACGAUUCAUACCAGGAACUCGUGUAAUCUGUCUACUUCUACCAAUCUUUGCAGGAAAGUGUCAUUAAUGUGGCAGGAUACCAGAGAAAACCCACGUGUUCGAGUGGAUAAACACACACCCCCUCUCAAAUACAACCAUUGUUGAUAAAGAGGAUCAAAUUGGCAGAGGUGAGAAGCGAGUGCGAUGGAGGGGGGAUUUAAAAACAGUCACACAUAACCGACAGUGUGCAAAAAUAAAUAAAAACUGAAAUCAAUGAGGUCAUAAUUCUUUGUCAAGGAAUGCAUAUUUCCCAUCGAUGUUUAAUCAACGUAAAACAUUAAAUCUUUCCGUGGGGAUCCGGGUUAGGGCACGAUAAAGAUCCAUCCCUGCUCAAAGAGUCCGAGCAUAGGCCUAAAUUUUGUAGCCUUUCACCGGCAAUGGUGACUUCUCCACAUGAGAGAAAUAUUCUUGAGAGGGACGUUAAACAAUAUACAAUCAAUCACACAUUUUCCCAUCUGAUCAU